CACUUUCCUUAUCACCUUUCUCACUGCCGCAUACGGCUCUUACUCUGCUCUGCCUUUGUAGCUCUCGACAAACCACUGUGCUUCGCCGUGCUCAUCUCUAGGGCCUGAGAGUCACUUAAUAUACAGUUUUUUUGCCACCACUACAGCGAUGGCAUCGCAAUUCUCGAAUGCCGGUCAACCUAGUGAUUAUGUCUUUGUCAUGGUGCUAGUGGAGGAUUCGCGAGCGAUGCAGGCUAAGUGGAACGAUGUGCGGAGGCAUUACCUUCCUUUGAUACUUGAGAGUCUGCGGACGGUGGACAUGGUGGAGCAGAUGCAUAUCUGGUGGCUUACAAGCUCUGCAGCGUCGAAGCCGUUCACUACAUCCAUACAGAACGCAGGCUACUGUCAUGAGAUACCCGAAGUCAAGCUCGGCCAGCAGCCAGACACUGCGAUUUCAACGGCCACCAUCCGCCGUUGCCUAAAGAUAUACGCAAAUACUGGAAAGCAACGGUACAAUAAUCAGCAUUUGAUAAUUGUCGCUUCCUCUCCCCUCAUGUCCGUAAACGAGGGACCUGGCCAUAUGCAGACUGGGAUAGAUCCGUGGCUAGGCACAGCCUUGGCGCUUUGUCAGGCAUGCAUUCGCCUUCAUCUAAUUGUCGGCCCUGUUUUUGAAUCAAGAACGUUUCGCGAUUUGUUCGAUCGUGCACGCUAUGUUCAAAGUCUGUCGGAAGUAUCCCCUUGGUUCGCCGUUGACCAGUCAAAGUUUUCUGUACACCUUGCGGGUGUAUCGUCGCAGCAAGCGUCCCCGCCCGCGUCUACUUCGCCAGACACCCUUUCGACAGCCAGUAGCCCUGAAAUAUUCACGUCCUCCUCAUUAUCACUACCGCCUUCGCCGACCCACUACGUAAGCUCUAUCACUAGCCCCAGGCCGUCGUUCUCGUCCAGUGCCGGUAGUCGGAUUGAACCACUUGAUAUCCGCCCCCCAGAACUGGUGUCGCGGACGACUGCCGAUACACUCGGUAUAGUCAGUUACUUACAGCGAUAUCACGGCCUCACAAAAAAGCGGCUUAAUGGAGGGAGAGGCUCUAAGCGUGCCGCCGCCGGUGACCUGCGGGGUAUUGGUCCUUCCCGCCCUAUCCUUCCUCGCCUGGACGUUCCAUCAGUGCCUUAUACAUUGCCGACAUCCCCGACGCAUAUAAGCGUCGGUGCUGCCGCAGCAGAGAACAUGGUGGUUUCUCCCACGAAGCGAACUAGUUUCAUGAUGGAUGAUCGAUACUCCGGCUCGGAUCGACGACCACAAACGCGAGACUCCUCCCUUCCAACGUCGCCUCAGAAUAUGUCUGACAUAAACCCGACCAGUGACUCGACUGCAGCGGCGUUGCGAAGCCUGGAAUCGAUGACACCGCGACUAACAGAAUUCCAUACUACGAGUCGACCGGGGAUGUCAGCUACCGGGCGCGCACAAACUGGUCGCCCCUCCAGCCGCAGCGCUGAACUAAUGCACGCACUCGCAUACCAUCAUGCGGGGUCGCGCAAUCCUGUUUAUGCGCAGACGAAAUUAGCAGGCUCUCCCUCUGCACUGCUGACUAUGAAUUCUGUCCGUCCACCACAUCCUCUGGAUAGAAGUUACAGCUACGAUGGCACGCCCCUGCCACCCUCGACAUCAACACCAGAGCGACAAAGCAUGUCUUACGACAGCACACCGAUGGUUAGCCAGACGUCCACUCCACUUCCCUCUCCGACCGCCACGGCAUCGACAACGCCUAGUGACAGUGUAGAAGACCAGCCUUUUAUCGUCACGCCAGAGUAUGAGGCGCUAGUCGCGGCUCGGUUUGCAGAAGCAGUGCGCUCCGGCGCUAUGCAGGCGUCCAUGACGUCGAGUCUGUCUAAUGCGCUGGCAUUUCAGCAAGUGCCCAAGACGAAUCACCUCCAGCCCGAUUCGUAUGUUUCCGCUCACCUCCCCCAACAGCAAGCGACCUCUCCACCAAUUUCUCCGGCCGGCUAUACUCCUUACCAGUACUUCGAUUUGACGUCACAGACUCGCACCCGUACGGAGUGGAAUGGCGGCCAGGGUUACAUGCAGAACACUCCGUCUGGCUCGUACGGGACGUCCACAAGCAACUGGAAUUCGCAGUGAUCAAGCUAGCGCAAGCUUUCUGGUGCAUGCAUAACGCAUUAUCAACGUUAACGUUGUUUCCACAUCGCUUCUUAUUUUGUGUCGGUUCUUUCUCGUGCCACGAUUGGUGCGGCACUGCUGGCUCGUUCUGGAAUGUUCUAUAUAUGUGUGCACAAGGCUGAGACUGUGACCCUCGACCGAGCGUUACCGUUCUCCGCUGUGCGAUACCGCUGUAGCAUAACUUUGUAUCGACGCCCUCUCGCUGAUCCUGGCUGAUCCCUAUGUAUGAGCAUCCCCAUGUAGUAUGUACGUAUAUAGUGCGACGCAUCCGUUCCCGAGAUUAGCGCCACUCACGGUGUGUCAAUGGCAGGCGCCCUCGAUCAUAUGGCAAUGUAGAAGUUU